AAUUUACCAGCUUACAUUGCAGUUCUCAGCGGGACACUAAAUUUACCUUAUGACAAAGCUCCAUUUCAGAUUCGAUGGACGGAUUCUCCUAGAAAAGUAGCCUUUCGCCUCACAUCUUGCUGACCUCUCGCCUCUCAUCGGCUCUUUCAACUUUUCUCCCUUCAUUCCUCGGCUCUCUUCCUUCCUCUAGAGCUCCACGUGGUCAUGCCAACGUCUUACCGUUCCUGGCAAUCUCGUAGAUCUUGUCUGUUCAUUCACUGGUCGCUAAAUACUUCUCCCUGGUCUUACUUUGUUUGAUUUCCUUAUUAAUUUUGGUUGGUAAAAAUCGAAGCUGGCGGUUGUAGAACUUGAGCUCUUGUUGAGUUACAGUUGCAAGGCAGUUCGGAUUUGGAAUCUUGAAGAUCUAAGCAGGUUCCAGUCCAAAAUUAAUUUUUUGGGGUGUUGCUGCUUCAAAUUGAAUUCCUUUUGGUUUCUCCAUGCGGUAAAAUCAGGUGUCAGUGUUUCAUUUACCUUGAAAUACAUUAUUUAGGUCUUCUAAUUCUCAACCAGCCAAGUUCUGUUUUUCUGCAGAAUAAACUGAUCAUUGUAUCAUUUAUUGAGGAUCGAAGUUUUUGAUACUAAGGCUUCAAUUGAUUCACGUUUUUGGUGUUGCAAACAUUGAUGAUUUUGUGCUGUUAGCCAGUUUCUUAUCUUUUGAAGAUGAGCAAUCAAUAUGUUGAUAAUCAUGAAGGCACAACAGUGAUGGGAUUUGAAGUGCCAAAAUCUCCUGAUUCAAGUUACAACAAUGCCUGCCCUGGAAAUGAAGAUGAGGCACGAGAUCCACCUAUAGUCCCUCCACAUCUGCAACACACCUUGCUUAGCUACCCAGCUAGUGUGGACACUUCUGAAACUAUUCCUGCUCCGCAGAAUGUAAUUCUCAACCAUCUUUACAUUGAGAAUCGAGAGGCCCCACGUUCUGUGGUGGCUCUUGGUUUUACUCAUCGCUUUCAUUCAAAAUAUGUCACAGUUGUGCUAUACAAACCUGUUCAGAGGAGGGGGAGUACCAGCACUUAAAUAUGCAUAUAGUAUAAAUGCUAAUUAGAGUUGGUCUCGUUGCUCUGAUUGUGAUGGAAUUACUACGGAAUUACCCAGAGAAAAAUAUUAGUCCCACAGUAGCUCGUGGAAUUAAGUUUUAUGUUGUUCAAGUUCUCGUCACUUGAAUGAUCAAUUCUGUCAUGAGGUUAGAUUCGCUAUACGCAUAAAGUUCUCAAUCCACAUUCUUUUCAA